AUGGAGUCGACAAGAAGCAAAGGAAACAGAAUCAUUCAACAAGAAAACCUGGAUAACAAUCAUUAUAAAUUGGAAAAGAUAGAGGAGACAAUCAAGUGCGGUGAAGCUGGAAAAGCGGUCCCUCAAACUGAGAUUCUGGUCCUCCAGACUAAAGUUCAAGAACGAGAAAAACUGAUAAAGGCACUACAAAAUGAACAUCAAGAAAUGCAACAGAAAUUAUCUGAAAAUGAUACAAAAAUUAAAAGUAUGUCUAUAUAUGAAUAUGAGUUAUUGAAAAAUCAGGCAGAUGAAAUAGAACAACGGGAGGAAUUGUUAAGCCAAAGUCAUGAGCAAAACACAAGACUUCAACAAAAAUUGACAGAAUGUGAAAAAAUGUUACGAGAAAAAAAUUGGGAAAUAAAGAAUACUAAAAUUAAAUUGAUCAAAUUUCAAGAAAAUGAUAAAAAUAUCGAAAGCCUUGAGUAUAGAAUGCAGAAAUUGAGGGAAGAAUUAAAAAAUAAAGAUAAUAGAAUCAAAGAGCUAGGAGCUGUAAAUAAGUUAAAUGAAGGCGUAAUAAAAGAUUCAAAAGCUGAUAAUCAAAAACUAAAAGAGCAACUAGAAGAGAAAGAUAUUCAAACUAGAGAAAUGUCAAAUGAUUAUAAACAAGAAAUUAAAGACAACAUGGAAGAAAUUCAGGAAGUUAAGAGAGUUAAGGAAAGGGAAACUAAGAAAUUAACUCAUACAGUAAACCACCUAAAUAUUGAGCUGGAAAAAUAUAAACAAAUAAAUAAAAAGGUUCAGUAUGCUCAGAAACAGAAAGAUAACAUGUAUUUAACUUUAAUAAUUGUGUUUAUUUCUUGGAUAUCCAUUUAUCCAAUGUCUUUGUACUCAUGGUAUCAUCCAGGAAAUUUAAUGAUAAUGGUAGCAUUUGUUGUGGUCAUCUUUAACAUGCUGAUAAAUGUUAAAAGCAUUUGGUAUGAUAAGUAUAGUGGUAUCAAAACUAAUUGAUAUAUUGUAACCAUAAAUUGAGGGCUUAUGUUUA